AGGGUCGCACCAAACGGUCCAAAGCCAACGGAUACUGUCACGCUUAAUCUGAUUACAUUUUCUAGAUUUCUGGGUCUGGGCUAUCUCUGUUUCUCUCUCAUCACGUGAGGCAGACAGGCAAAAAGGGCGAGAGAGGUGUACUGAAGAAACCCAAAAGGCCUUUCUUUCUUUUGGAGAUUCUUUUAAGUUAUACUGUGGAAAAUGGGUGAAGGGUCAGUCCCAGAGGGUGUCUGCCUAUGUAGUCUACCCAAUAUCUCUGUGUCUCUGUAAUAACUUUAAGCAGAGGAAGCGUGAAGAAAGCUAAUAGAGAGCACAGGGAAAAGCAGCAGAGGGCAUCUCUUGCACUUGUUCAGUGCAGUGGCUUUCUCAGCUGCAGCUCUAUCUGUUCUUGUUGGAGUACUCAGAGAGAGAGAGAGAGAGAAGGUUAAUGCAGCAGCACCUGAUGCAGAUGCAGCCCAUGAUGGCAGCUUACUACCCCAGCACCAACGUCACUACUGAUCACAUUCAGCAGUAUCUGGAUGAGAAUAAGUCAUUGAUUCUCAAGAUUGUUGAGAGCCAGAAUUCAGGAAAACUGAGUGAAUGUGCUGAGAACCAGGCAAGGCUACAGCGAAAUCUGAUGUACCUGGCUGCUAUUGCUGAUUCGCAGCCCCAGCCACCCACUGUGCAUCCUCAGUUCCCUCCCAGUGGCAUUGUGCAGUCAGGAGCACACUACAUGCAACACCAACAAGCUCAACAGAUGACAUCACAGUCGCUAUUGGCUGCACGUUCCUCAAUGCUGUAUGCCCAGCAGCCAUUUUCACUACAACAGCAGCAAGCUUUGCACAGCCAGCUCGGCAUGAGCUCUGGAGUAAGCACGGGACUUCACUUGCUGCAAAAUGAGGCUGGUAAUGCAGGAGGCAGUGGAGGGCUUGGGGCUGGUGGGUUCCCUGAUUUUGUCCGUGGAGGAAUGGCAGGUGGCAAGCAAGAUCUUGGGGGUUCUGGAUCCGCUGAAGGGAGGGGCGGGAGCUCUGGAGGCCAAGGUGGAGAUGGGGGUGAGAAUCUUUACAUGAAAGCUGCAGAUGAUCAUGGGAACUGAAUAGGUAAGAAUGAUGAACUUAGUGGUUUGUUAACGUCUGAACUUUAGGAAGAGUUAGUCAGGAAGAACUAGACCAAGGGACUUACUGUCACAAACCUUGGGUUUGGUGUUUUCAAGUGAUGAGACAAUUCCAUCUUGUGGUCGUGCAUCAUGUAAAUUUGUAGGUUAUAUCGGUACGCGCUUGCUUUAUGCAUUGUCAGUUAUGUUGGUGUAACCAGUUUCCAUAUGGCUACGAUAUGUAUGGAAAGUUUUCCAGAAAAGGACUUCUGAUGGCAAUUUAGAGUGCUUUUAGCAA